AUGCGGGUGACAGUCAUCAUCAGGUACGUGGCACCGUUCCUCACACUACUGGGCGCCUGGUUCAUCCUGCAGACCUACUUUGAUCAGAACUGGAAAACCAUCAGCCUGCGGAGCUGGCUCGGUUCCACCAAGAAGCCCAGCAGUGAACAGCUACCCAAGCACAAGUGUGGGAACAAGCAGAGCUGCCCCCAGAACCAUUUUGCCUUCAAGAUCAUCAGCGGCGCUGCAAAUGUGGUGGGACCCACCCUGUGCUUCGAUGGCGUGAUCCUCAUGAGCAGUGUGAAAAACAACAUCGGCAGAGGCCUGAACAUCGCACUGGUGAAUGGAACAAGUGGGCAGCUCCUGAAGGAGAACACGUUCGACACGUACUCCGGAGACAUUAACAAACUGGAUACCUUCCUCCGAGGGAUCAAGGACGGCACAUUUGUGCUGGUGGCAAGCUACGAUGAUGCUUCCACAAAAAUGAAUGACAAAGUACGGGCACAGUUUGUGAAGCUGGGCAGUAGCCACGUGAACAACCUCGGCUUCCGGGAUAAUUGGGUCUUCUUGGGAGCAAAAGGACUGAGGAACAGGAGCCCCUUUGAACAGCACAUAAAAAAUGAUAAGGAAACAAAUAAAUAUGACGGCUGGCCUGAGCUGCUGGAGAUGGAGGGAUGUGCUCCCAGGAAGAUGGAUUAG